GCAAAACUGCGGGAUGGGGCCAGAAUGCAGGGCCCAUCGCAAAAUCCGUCGCCUCUCUCGCCUCGGCUCGCUGCACACCUGGUUAUAUAGCGUUUGGAUUGUGAGAUACGUGGUGCUUUCCUAGGCGGUGUUUGCUUCACUCGGACUUGGGCGGUCUCGGCGUAUAAAGCAAUCUUUGCUCCGUUGCUGAGGGCAAUUCGCGAAUGGCGCUCGCCGCCGCUGCCGCAAGGCGCGCGGUGGCUGAUGGAGUGCCGGGGCUCAUUUACAGCCUGCGGUGGUCCCGGCUGGGGCUGCAUUCAACAUCAGCUGCGUGGAACCCAGCGGAGCCGAAGCCGGUGCCUCUGGCAAAGCUAAAGGACAGCUUUAAUGAGGGCACUAGCAUUACGUAUCUGGAGGAGCUGGAGGAGCGGUACCACAAGGACCCGGCGUCGGUCGACCGCAGCUGGCAGGCCUUUUUCCGCAACCUGGACCACGGCGUGACCGGCGAGGCCAUGGCUGAGUCCUUUGACGCGUUUGAGAAGGGCAAGCUGGCCAUGAGCCCCUUCACCGCCGCAGCCAUCUCCAACCAGACCGUGCAGGAGUCCAUGCGGCUGCUGCUCAUGAUCCGUGCAUACCAGGUGCUGGGCCACUUCGCCGCGGACCUGGACCCGCUGCGCAUCAGCGGCCACACGCACCCGCCCGAGCUGGACCCGGCCUUCUGGGGCUUCAAGGACACGGACCUGGACCGAGAGUUCUUUGUGGGCAACUGGAACCAGAGCGGCUUCCUGGCUGAGGGCCGGCCCACCCGCACGCUGCGGGAGAUGCUGACCCGCCUGCGGGAGACCUACUGCAGCCACAUCGGCUACGAGUACAUGCACAUCCCCGAGCGCGACAAGUGCAACUGGAUCCGCGAGCGCAUCGAGACCAUCGACCCGGUGCAGUUCACCAAGCAGCAGAAGCUGCACAUGCUGGACCGGCUGUCCUGGUCGGACAUGUUUGAGACCUUCCUGGCCAACAAGUACACCGCGGCAAAGAGGUUCGGUCUGGAGGGCGCGGAGAGCCUUAUCCCCGGCAUGAAGACGGUCAUCGACACCGCCGCCGACCUGGGCGUGCAGUCCGUGGUCAUCGGCAUGCCCCACCGAGGCCGCCUGAACGUGCUGGCCAAUGUGGUGCGCAAGCCCAUGAGCCAGAUCUUCUCCGAGUUCGCCGGCAAGGAGCCCAUCGCGCACGAGGGCGAGUACACGGGCAGCGGCGACGUCAAGUACCACCUGGGCACCAGCUUCAACCGGCCCACGGUGCACGGCAAGAUGGUGCACCUGUCGCUGGUGGCCAACCCCAGCCACCUGGAGGCGGUCAACACGGUGGUGCUGGGCAAGACACGAGCCAAGCAGUACUACAGCGAGGACCACGAGCGCGGGCGCCACCUGGCCAUCCUGCUUCACGGCGACGGCGCCUUCAGCGGCCAGGGCAUUGUGUACGAGACGCUGGACAUGAGCGGCCUGCCCGACUACACCGUGGGCGGCACCAUACACCUGGUGGUGAACAACCAGGUGGCCUUCACCACCGACCCCAAGGACUCCCGCUCCUCGCCCUACUGCACGGACGUGGCCAAGUCGCUCAACUGCCCCAUCUUCCACGUCAACGCCGACGACGUGGAGUCGGUGGUGCGCGUGUGCCAGCUGGCGGCGGAGUGGCGCCAGGCCUGGAAGAGCGACGUGGUGGUGGACCUGGUGUGCUACCGCAAGCACGGCCACAACGAGAUCGACGAGCCCAUGUUCACGCAGCCGCUCAUGUACAAGAAGAUCAAGGCGCACAAGCACAGCGCCCAGCUGUACGCGGAGCGACUGAUCGCGGAGGGCACAUUCACCAAGGAGGAGGUGCAGCAGGUGCGCGACCGCAUCAUGCAGCACCUGAACGCCGCCUUUGAGGGCGCCAAGGACUACAAGCCCAGCAAGAAGGACUGGCUGGCGUCCCACUGGUCCGGCUUCAUGAGCCCAGCGCAGCUGUCGCGCAUCCGCAACACGGGUGUGCCGGCUGAGCUGCUGCGCAGCACCGGCCUGGCCAUCACGGCGCUGCCCGAGGACUUCGCCUUCCACCGCCAGAUCAAGAAGGUGUACGAGACGCGCCGCGCCAUGAUCGAGAGCGGCGAGGGCCUGGACUGGGCCAUGGCUGAGGCGCUCGCGUUCGCGACGUUGGUGUCGGAGGGCAACCACGUGCGGCUGAGCGGGCAGGACGUGGAGCGCGGCACCUUCAGCCACCGCCACGCAGUGCUGCACGACCAGACCAACGGCGCCAAGUACGUGCCGCUGAACCACGUGUUCCCCGGCCAGAAGCCCAACAGCUUCACGGUGUGCAACUCAUCGCUGUCGGAGUUCGGCGUGCUGGGCUUCGAGCUGGGCUACUCCAUGGAGAGCCCCAACAGCCUGGUGCUGUGGGAGGCGCAGUUCGGAGACUUCGCCAACGGAGCGCAGAUCAUCUUUGACCAGUUCCUGUCGGGCGGCGAGGCCAAGUGGCUGCGCCAGAGCGGCCUGGUGUGCCUGCUGCCGCACGGCUACGACGGCCAGGGCCCCGAGCACUCCUCCGCGCGACUGGAGCGCUUCCUGCAGAUGUGCGACGAGAACCCCUACGAGAUGCCCCACCACGACGAGGCGCAGUGGUUCUCGGGCGGCCACCUGGGCACCCAGAUCCAGCGCGCCAACUGGCAGGUGGUCAACUGCACCACACCCGCCAACUACUUCCACGUGCUGCGCCGCCAGGUGCACCGCCAGUUCCGCAAGCCGCUGAUCGUGAUGGCGCCCAAGAACCUGCUGCGCCACCCGCGCUGCAAGAGCCCGCUGUACGAGUUUGACGACCAGCCCGACGACGCCAACAUCGUGGGCGUGCGCUUCAAGCGAGUCAUCAUGGACGACACCGGCCUGACCCCCAAGGACCGCGGCCCGCGCCCGCCCGCCGAGCCCGAGAUCAAGCGCGUGGUGUUCUGCAGCGGCAAGGUGUUCUACGACCUGCACGACGCGCGCGAGAAGCAGGGCAAGGUGGGCGAGGUGGCCAUCGUGCGUGUGGAGCAGCUGGCGCCCUUCCCCUUCGACCUGGUGUGCCGCGAGAUCCGGCGCUACCCCAACGCGCAGCUGCUGUGGUGCCAGGAGGAGCCCAUGAACAUGGGCGCCUACAUGCACGUGCAGCCGCGCUUCGACACCUGCCUGCGCGAGGAGGGCAAGCCCAUGAUGGGCCGCAUGCCGUACGCGGGCCGGCCGCCCAUGGCCGCCACCGCCACCGGCUUCGGCGAGGUGCACGGCAAGGAGCAGGCGCGCCUCAUCGCCAACGCCCUGGACGUAAACUACAGCGGCGCCAUCUAAAGCCGAGGACUUGCCGAGGAGAGGAGGGCGGUGAGGCUUGGCGGUGACAGCAGCAGUGCAAGGGAGGUGUGAAAGCGGCGUGUGCGUUGGCGGUGUGUGCGGCGCCGUGGAGGGCCUGGGGAGGAGCGGUGUGCAGGGGCCGCAACCACACGUGGCGGCCCGAGGAAGCUCUCAGGGCGUUGCGAUGUUGAACCGCAUCGCGUCGGGAGUGAAGUGGAAUGGAGCUGCUAGACGACGCGGCUGUCAUGCUCUGAACGAAGCUGGCGGGGCGGGCAUUUCGCCGCGCUGGCGGGCAGCCUGGUGGAGGGGGCGGCGGAAGCUAGCUGGGACUGAGGCAGCGGGUAUGGCUGGGCCCCGCUGUCGAGCCCUGUGCAGUCCUAGCAAGGGUUGAUUGAGUGCUGGCUUAAAACGGGCUUCGGCCCUGGCUUAUCUGACCCUUAUUUUUUGUCUGUAUGGGGUGAUCAUGUGUUUGCGGCAGGGAGAGCGGUGCAGGUGUUGGGGCAGCGCUGCCGGGCGGACUUCAGCCCGCCGUGGGCCGGCGUGUUUUCCUGACUCUCUCAUGUCUGCCAGGAAGCUGUGUCGGCAAAUUAUGCUUUGGAGCUGUGCGCUACUUGUUUUAUCUGGUUGGACGGUAGUGCCUUACGGUGCGGCCACGGCCGCUGCUACCAUAUGCUGGGAGCCCAGGGGUUACGCCACGUGGGGUUACGCAGGUCGCUCGGCGGGCUGGGCCGCGUACGGCGGACGUAGCGACCACUUGCGGCGCAGGAUCUGUUGGUACGUACGGUGUGCAGCCUGGCAAUGAUGAAAAGCGCGAGAGCGCGUCUGUAAGGGGGAGCGAAUGCC